AGGCACCAACGAGAAACUAGAGUCUACUAAAUACAACAAAAAUUUAACUGAAGUCAGAAGAGAAGCCGCGACGAAACUACUAGUCAUGUCCACAGAAUUCUCCAACUCCAAUGAUGGUGUCAUUGCCCUAAUGAGUCGCAUUGAGGAUAGCCUGAUGCAGUAUGAAAAAAAUUACACUGAUUAUAUUACCAACGUCAAAAGUAAAAAAACGUGGACAUUUUGGAAUGCUAUGUUCUAUGCGGGAACUAUUUAUACCACCAUCGGUAAGCAUCUUGUUUUAUGCUUAGAUUAUAGAACCAAAAUAAUCUGAGGUUUUAUCUAUAUCGACAACACUAAUGUGAUGAGAUCUAACAUGAUGAACCUUACAAUCAGUUGAAAAAAAUAAGAGUCGAAUAUAACUUGAACUACAGUUGCAAACUGUAUAAUAUUUUACUAUUCAUUAUUAUUGAAUAUAUGUCUUGCUUUUUUACUACCCUAAUUAGUUAAAUUCUUAAUAGUUAUUUGCUAGGUACAUUUGACAAUGUGUUGUUUUUGUUAAAUAUUGGAAUAUUAUUCACUCAUAAUAUUAACUUUUCGAAACUACAAGCGAUAAACCAGAAGAUUGCUCUUAAUACACCGCAGGCGCUAACGUCAGACGCCGCACGUAAUGUUUGCUUUGUUUUUGAAAUCAGGCGCUUACAUUUUGCUAUUUUGACAACAAUUCAACGUGAAAGGCACACUAGAGGCGCAAAUCCAAUUGUUUCGAUGUCACAAAGACUGCACUCGUCGUUAACACGUUCAAAGCUUUAAUAGGUACACUGUUUAUUUAUUUUCGUUUCAGUAGGUAAACUCGUCCUUUGUGACACUUCUCUCGGGUUUACAAAGCGGUAGAGACAUGUUUGAUAUAAAGAGAAUACCUCGCCGCAAAUGUUUUAGGGAUGAAAUGCGGCUAUUAAUUAUAUUUCAUUUAGGCGUAUCUCAAAUACAAGUCUCCGUAAAAUUUAAUAAAUAAAGUAUUUAAACAAUUUUAAGUAUGGCUGCUAUAAAAAAAGUAAAAUUAAGUUUUAUUUUUCGGAUAGCAUGGAUAUUUUAAUGCAAUCGGGAGACUUCUUAGUACUUAUCUUCUCAUAACAAAAUAUUCCCCCGACUGCACUAAAAAAUUCCGUCCUAUUCUAAAAACUUUUUUAACGGCAGUAUUUUUUUUAACAUUACCAAUUAUUACUUAAUUAAGACAAAGUCGAGUUACGUACAACCACAGGCUUGUGUUGGCUGGCAUUUUUUUUUGUAUUAUUUACAUAUCUAAUUUUAAAGUUAAUGAAAUAUUAUACCCUCCAGCGAUAUUUGCAAGUAAAUGAAAUACGACGGCUGAUCGUAUAAGCUCAAGCCUUUGUGACUUAUAAAUACUAAUUAGUUCGGUAAUAUCAAUCAAUCAAUCAAAUCAUGUAGUUACAGAGAUGGUUAAAUACAUGUUAUAAAGUACGUUACAUGAACCCUGUCAGGGUAUCGCAAUUAGGGACACGAUAUCGAAUAGAAAGUAUCGAUACUGUUCUCAUGAGUAGGAUCGGAAAAAAAGUAUCUUACUCGUUAAAGUAUCGAAACAAAAGUAUCGAUACUUCGAAGUAUCGAGUACAUUUCAUUGGGCCUGAUGAGCAACCCCCCCUCUCCCUUCGGUUUAAAAUUGAAAGGAAAACAAUCAAAUUUUAUUAUAUUACGUAUAAUCAAAAGCAAAAAAGAACAUAUAAAAUCACAGAUUGCUACAUUAUCUAGCUCUUAAAAAUGUGUAAUGUUAAUACAAUCAACUGCAAAACUAAACGUGUGUAAUUAAAUAAAUAAUGAACAGAAAACAGCUGAAAUUUCUGACAGUAAAAAAGAGUUCAUUAAUAUAACAUUCAUAAUCAACAUUUUAAUUAAAAAGAUAGAAAUCUUAAACAAUAUAAAAGUAUGGUACUUUUCAGAUUUGAAACAAAAUAAACUUACUUUUCUUGAAUUUAAUUCAUUAAAAAAUAUUAUACCCAGUUAUGUUAACUUGAACCUAACUUGCGGUUAACGGCGGCCAUUGGCAUGCUUCACUUAAGAUUAGACGAGGUUACGACCGUCUUUUUUUCAGGUCUGUGGUUUCAAAUAGGUAUACCCAGCACAGACAGAAUAAUAGUGUUACACUUGAAUCAAAUACGGCUAAGCGAAAAGUACAAUAAACAAUCAAACACACUUCGUAAUAAUGUGGUCGCUAAAUAAACUAUGAAACCAAACAAAGCGCAAAAUAUACACAGUCACAGAUUGGAAAGAAUUUGAAUAUGUCAGUUACUUCCUGUCCUAAUUCGAUGGCAUCAUCUAUUCGUCUCAGGAUACACUUGAUUGCUUGUGCUUCCAAUUAUAUCAACGCAAUGCAAUGUUUUAGAAGGUUUGCUAUGAUUCAACAAGAUGGCGUUGCCAUCAAUAUGAGGCCCAUAUCCAAAUUUUUAAAGGUAUCGCCAAAUAUAUUUGCCAAAAAGUACUCAUUUAGUAAAAGUAUCGAAUACAAAGUAUCGAGUAGUAAAGUAUCGGUAUCGAAAGGAAAAGUACUCGAUACCAAAAAGUAUCGAUACUUUUUUCGUGUCCCUAAUCGCAAUACUUGGUGUUCUUGAAUAGAAUUUAUAAUCUAAUAUACAAUUUAAAUAAAAUUUUCUUGAAUUUACGUAAUAUAAAUAUCUACUCAAUCAAUCAAAAUUAAUAUAUUUCAUCAAUUAUCCCAUAAAAAUUAAUAUUAAUAAUUAAUUUGAAUUGAAUUACAAAAUAUUAAUAAAAUGAAAACCAUGUACAUACCAAACUACUAAAUAUACUUUAUUAAGCAAUUGAUACAUAAUAUUUUAUUAAGCAAGGGGGGCUCACUGACGAUUAUCUAAAUUCUUAGGAUUCCUAAUGUCCUAGAAAGCUGAAAUUUGGUAUUUAAGCAAGUAUAUAUGUAGUAAGUAAACACAAACAACAAAAAAAUGGGUGCGUGUACUUAUGUAGGCGCGUGAGAAGUUAUCCUUCUUUGGCAUCGUUUAAAUUAGUUUUUAAUUGCAUGCAAAUAAUUAAUUACAAUAAAUUAAUAAAAAGUCUGGAAAAGGACACAGUCAAUAAAGUUCAGUUUUAAUUUGAAAAAAUAAAUAAAUAAUCAAAAUAUUCAAUUAAAAUCGCUACUGAAUAUAAUUUAUUAGAACAUAUGUGAUUUGCACUUGUAUGUAACUCAAACACGUAUUCCGAAUAUACAAACUAGAAACAUGUGGAUAAAUAUUAUAAAUAUGAAUACCUAUAACUGUUACUUUAUUACAAAAAAUAAAGAUGUGGUUUUUGGUUCUACUACACCAAUGGUCAAGAGAUGGCGCUGUAGUCUCCUGAAUCGCGCUUUGGUUCCGUUGUUCCAGAUUAAUAAAUACUUUUGAUAGCCCUUCACAAUGCAGUCGUUAGCACCCACUAAAUAGAGAUUCUAUUUCUAUUUUGUUGGGAGAUUUUCUUAAUGUGCGGUAAACACAAAAGUAACAGCAUGAAGUUGAUCGCUAAAGCGACCAACUUCAUGCUGUUAAAAUUUUGUGUUACAGUGAUGCGCGCGCAUGUUAAAAUUUUACUCUCAUCAUUUUUUCAUAACGCGCCUAAAGAAGUAUAACUUCAAAAAUAUAUAAAACUAGGGGACAGUUUCUGCAAUUUUGACGCUGGAGGUCUGAAAAUUAAGGUACAGGUCUGAAAAUGGAUAUAAGGAAACCUUGAUAUUAUAAAUAAAAAAAAUAGUUAUAAUAAUAUAACCCUUUAUAAACAAAAAAAAAUCUAAAGCGCCAUAAUUAUACUUCACUUUAUAAACAGUAGUGCGCGAACGUCUCCUGCCUCCUGGGUCCACGCAGUAGCUAAUAAUAAUUAUCCUUGACAGCGAAUGCGUCGAUUGUCGAUUGGCUUAGAUAUACACCUUACAUAAUAGAUGUAGUAGGCAAAAAGUUGCAUUUAAUCCAGUAUUCGUCUAGAAUUUUACGUUACUUUGAACGUUGUCGAUUUUUCUACCGAAUUAAAAGGGUACAUGGAUUGUGAAAUAGUUUCACUUAAAGAAGAGCUGGGACUUCAUAUGCCGGAUUAUGGUUCCUGCCUCUUCCAUUCCUUGACAUAUUUCCAGUAUGAAUAAAUAGACUUUGAGUUGGUGUCGAAAGUCAGGAUUUAUGAUAUUGUGCGAUAUACUGUAUCCUUACGUGAGCUAUUAUUGUAUACUUGUGCCAAAAAUGGUGAAAUCUUUCAUGAUUCCGAUUGUUAUUCACGUGAUAUGUUGAAAAGAAAUACUAAUGGCGGUAACCUCCACCCCUAAAAAUAAAUAAAUAAAUGUCACGUCAAAUGUUGCCAAAACGAGACUAGACUAAGACAAAAUAUGUAGUUUUCUCUACUUACUUUAUUUUAGCAAAAUACUUACCUUACCGUGAGGUAAAAAAGUAGUUAUUUUUUCACUGUUUUUUUUUAACCGCCAUUAAUAUUACUCGCAUUUGCAUGUACUCGUAUAAUUUAGUAUGACGAAAUCAGCUCCAGUCACCGUAGGGUCUCAUUUAAUUUUAACAUAUUGAAAGUAAAAUUGUUACUGAUGUAAUUAGAUGAAACAAAAACCAUUUUCAAUGUCUAAAGUGUACCCAAUAAACCAAAUGCAAUAUCGUAAACUUAUCCAUAUCAAUAAGUUCUCUUUUAAGAUAAUCCAAGUUAACUUUAAUUGACUCCAGAGAAACAAUAGUAACAAGUAACAAUAACGAAUUCCUAAACUUUGUCAAAGUACAUAUUUACGUGCUUAAUAAUGUUUGAAAUCGAAAUGAAUUUGACCCCUUUUCGAAGAUUUCUUGUGAUUACGGCGAUGCGGCGGAGGUGUCAGAACGUUUUGGUACAACUUCUUAUUUUCGGUGCACGAAAAUAUAGCUAUACUAGCCGAUGCGAAUGUCGGUAUGGUUGUUUUAGAUUUGGAACCGUGCCCAAACGGGCUUGGCGCUUCUGCUCAGUCACAAUUCGACUCAACAAUCGAGAGUUUAUUUCGAAAAUCGCGAAUUUAUUAUUACGCAUAAACACCUUGUAGUGCAUUAAACUUAAUAUUUGCUGAAGUGUGUACAAAGUUAAAGGAAAAUGGAUGGAAGUUGGCUACGUUCUAAAUGUGGGAGUGUUAAAAAUAGAUUUUUUUAUUAGAUUGCUCCGUUGUGCUCGAUGUAUAGUUGAGAAGUUUGUUUUCGGCAGCGAUCUGUCAGAGUUGCGGUAACUUUAAAAGUAAGGUGAUGAGUGAAGAGAGAAACGAAGCGGAAAAUAGAUUAACCCUCCUUAUCCCCAAAAUCAAAGCCGAGUCCGAAGCCCAAACCAGUGGUCAAUUAGUUUCUAGAUCGCCUGAAAUAAUAAAAGACGACAUAAUGGAUAAUGAACCAAAACAAACGAUGUCUAUUAGGAAAAGAAGGAAUCUCUCAAAAAAUAGAGGCCAAGCAGCUCGUCAACGAGAAAAGACUCCUGAACCAGGAAGAACUCCUAUUCCACAUGAAGACACAACUACAUCUGAUGAUGAAGAAGUAAAAUCCCAACCACAACGAAAUUCAAGAGAACUUGAAGCUGAAAAAAACUAUCUUGAAGUGAAAAGGUUGGUCCAAGAAAGAGCUACGGUGAAAGAUCCAGUAUAUGAUAUAGAUACCGAAGAAAUUCUAGAAGCUAGAGUUACAGCUGCUAACGAAAGGCGAAGACGGAGCAUAUCACCUUUUGCUGUACCAGAUAAGGAAGAAUUAAGCAGACUAGAAAGAAAAGGAAGUUUCAUCGAUCCAUCAAAUAAAUUGCUGUCUACAAAUUAUAAUUUGAAUCUAAAAGAUGAAGAUAACAAUAGACGUAGCUCUUUGACUAUCGAACCCCCAAGAGAGAAUAAACCUUCAUUAUCUACACCAACAACUGCUUCACCAAUCGAAAAAGGGUUCCCAUAUCCUUUGCCAACAACACCCAAAAAAUUGACGGAAAUUGUAUAUGAUGAUGAAAAAAUAUCUGACAGUAAAAAUCAAAAAACUCCUGAAAAGAAAGAUGAAGUUUUUACUUUUGAAGAAAAGGAAACCAAACAAAGCUUGAAAGCGGCUCCCAAAACACCUGAAACCCCGACUACUCCAGGAGAACUUGUAACUAAGGUUAUUCAAGUGGAGAGAACACCUAGUAAAAAACUAACACCGGAUAAUAAACCAAACGUAGAAAUUCGGGAAAGAAUCGUAAGAACUCCUAGUAGAAAAAUGUCAGCUGAUGUAAAACCAGUAAUUGUAAAGCAACCUGUUAAACAGGUGAAUGAUGAUCAUCAAACAAGAGCGCCUCCUGUAAAACCAGCACGAAGUAAAUCAUCAUUAAGAUUUGGGAGUAAAACAAGUGAGAGUGAGAUGAGUGAAGACCAAGCAAAUCAACUAAUUACUAAUGCUCCAGGACAGAGGCGCAAAGUGCAACCUACACCUAGACGUUUUAUGAAAAAUAGAUCUCCAAGGGCAAAUAGAUCACAAUCGAUUAAUAGAUUUGAUGAAACAAAGGUAACAGAUAAAACUGGAACCGGAAUGAGUCAAACAAGUAAAGAAAUUAUUGAACUUAUGCAAAAAGCUAGAGCCAGAAGUUUAUCUAUACCAAAAGAAGAUCCAAGACUUCCAUCAGCAUAUAAAUAUCAGUCAAAAAAUUUACAAACACCUAGUAAAGCUCCUUCCACACCAAGAAACACAAGAGGUAUAUCCUGUCCUAAAACUAUUCAGAUAAUAAGUGAUAAAGAGAUUUUGUACGGUUUAUCCGCAAAUCAAAAAGGUGAUUUGGAGCAAGGCAAGCGAAGCAGACAAAGCUCUGGAUAUGUCGAUGCGAGUCAGUCAGAGUACACUUCAAGUUGUUACUCAACCUCACCAAGCGAAAACGAAUACGAAUUUGAUUUAUCCGAACGAACCGCUGAAUUAACACGAAAACUGAAAAUGCUCAGUGAAGAGGUGGAAAGAGUUGAAACUAGAAGUAAUAUUAUUUUAUCAAAAGAGAUUUCAAAUGCAUUUAAAGAUUCUUCAAAGAACCAAAAGCCCAGGUUACGUAAAAAGUCAAUAACGACUUCUAAAGUUGAGGUUAAUAAACCUGGUGUUCAACAAUCUUCUGAUACUAAAGCAAAAAAUCCUGACCAUGAUAUUAAAAAAGAAAAAGCAAUUAUAUCCCGAUGGAGAAUAAUAUCUUGUUGGCAGGAAUUUAAGCGUGAACGCAAAAAGGAUUGUGAUAAAAUACGUUCGCUUAGGAAUAGAUGUAUAUGUGACUUGUUGCUUUUGAUAAUACUAUGUGGCUUGGGUGGUAUGAUGUUUAAAACUUUCGAGGGUUCUUUUGAAAAUACUUUUAAAUGCGGUUCUAGAAGUGUCAAGCGAGAUUUUAUUGAAGCGUUGUGGCGUGGGAGUCAUUAUUUGCGCGAAGACGAUUGGAAGUCUUUAGCUCGUAAUAAGCUUCAUGAAUUUGAGAAUCAGUUACAAACGGCAUUCGAAGCUGGUGUCACAUCGUAUAGUGGACAGCGUUCUUGGAACUUCAUGAACUCCUUUGUAUAUUGCCUUACACUAAUAUCAACUAUUGGAUAUGGCCACAUUGCACCUAAGACUACGUAUGGAAGAGCGGCAACAAUAGUUUACGCUGUAAUAGGAAUACCACUGUUCUUGAUUGUGUUGGCAGAUUUUGGAAAAUUGUUUACGAGAAUCAUCAAGUUCUUCUGGUCUUUUAUUCGAAGGUUCUACUAUACUAGAAACUGUCGAAAGGUCCGAAGAACCGCCCCCGUACAGUUUUCUAAUUUUCAGGAGGUAAUGAAGGGACUGAAUAUCGUGUACGAUGUUGUUCGGAGACCGUCUCAAAUAUUCAACGAAGAAGAUAUUAUCGAGAGUAAUGAAAGUCUUCCACCGCCAAUUACUAGAAAACUGAGUGACGUGCCACCUCCUUUGCCACCUAAGCCAGGAUCAGCUAUAAUCAUAGAUGAAAACGAUACCGAACCAGAAACACCAGCUCCGUCAGUGUUUGAAAUUGAUGAUGAAUUUAAUCUACCUAUAUCGGUAGCUAUAGUUAUACUAAUCAUCUACAUAUUUAUUGGUGCUGUGAUAUAUUACACUUGGGAAAAUUGGACGUUCUUUGAGUCCUUUUACUUUGUCUUCAUAUCCAUGUCUACCAUCGGCCUUGGCGAUUUAGUUCCCGAUCAUCCCCAUAGGAUGAUGGCCUCCAUAAUGUAUCUAGUGUUUGGUUUAGCAUUAACUUCUAUGUGUAUUAACGUUGUCCAAGUGAAACUUAACGACACCUUUAAACAAGCUAGUGCUAAACUUGGUGCCACUAUAGGAUUGAAGGUUGCAGAAGAGGACGGCAGCCUGGUAGCAAUCACUCCACCACCCACAGAAAUAGUUCCAGUACAUAAACCGAGAAUAGAAAAUGAAGAGAGCAAAAGUAAAGAAAUAAGCUAUGAAUCCAAAGAGAAUGAAUCAAAAGAAAAUGAAUUUAACCAGAAUGAUAAUAAUGAUAAGAAUAGGUAGACAAUACAUUGGUGCUAAUAUAGUAGUAUUGACCAUAAGUGAUAUUGUUAGGUAUAAACUAACUUUUAGAUUUUUUUACAUGUUUAUUGUGUUGUUGUUUAUGUGUGAAUAAAUAAAGAUUUUGUAAUUUAAUCAAUUUUUAUAAUAAAGAUUAAUUUU